AUGGCCCUCACGUUUCUGCUUCUGCUGGGAUGUAUGACGCAGGGCACACUGGGGAUGAACGUAUCGCAUCCCCACGCAGCAAAGAGCAUUGAAUGCACACAUAAACGGAGCAUGAGGAAGCUUAAUUUUUUAAGCAGAAGUAACUACCGUCCUGUUCACCUGCACAAAAAUCGAGUGGAAAACAAAAAGGAGACAAGUCCAGAAGAACAGGACGCGCCAACCUUCGAUGAAUAUUUUAACAAACGGGCAGAGGAAGACUACACCAAGUUAGAAGCGGAGAAGCUAAAAAUCAUGAGGGAGAAUGCCACGACGUAUAGGGACGAAAUUAGGAAGGUACUUGAACGAAGUUACAAAAGUGAGUAUGAGAAAUUGCUAAAGGAGGAGAAGGAGGAUGAAGAAGUGAGCACACAGGUUCACGAAAAUCUUAAAAUAACGUUCCUCAUGAAGGAGAAUAUAAACAACUUUCUGUUCACUCGGUAUAGCUAUAUGAUAAACCGGCUGAAGGAGCAGUCCGCUAUUUUGAGGAGCCUGCGUGGGGGCGCAGCGGGGGACACCAAAACGGGCAACACCACUGAGGAAAAACUCACCGAUGUGAAGACCUCCGAUGAGAAGACCUCCGAUGUGAAGACCUCCGAUAUGAAGACCACCGAGGGGAUGCACAGCGAUGAGGAAAGUGACCCCCUCGAAUCCGUACAAUUCUUCAAACCGCAAACCGGCUUCGCCCGAGGGAGCUGCGCCGAGGCGAAGAAUUGUUCCACCUUUAGUGACCACAUCUUUGCUAAUGCCAAGUUGCUACUCGGCACGAAGAGGAACGCACCAGUUGGUUCUUCCUACACACUGGACGAGGAGCAAGUCAACCAGGAGGAAAUAAACGAAAAGGAAAACCCCAUGUCGGGGAGCCUAACGGAGGAAGGGGAAACCGAACAGAAGCUAUUCUCAAGAAGUAAUGUAUCCGCUCUGGAGCUCUUCAAAAACAACGUUAACACAUUCCUCUCCUACAAAAAGGAAAACAUAAUAAAAAACAACCUGCAUGAGGAUCUACUGUAUGGAAGAGUGAAGGUCCACUGGUUCCCCAAAUUUAUGAAAAGGAUCAUCGCAAAACUGCCCGAUUAUAUUAAAGUGAGUGAUAUAAUUGUGGAGGUCAGAAAUGGAAUCAUCCCCUUCGUGUUCGAUGACCUAUACGCGUUAGACAUUUUUAAUUUUAGGACAAACAAGCCAAGGAUAAUUGUCUACACGAAUUGUGAUCGGUCUUCCCUUAAGGGGAAUGAAGAAUGGGGGAGCUUCUACAGGAGGAAGCUCUUCUGGUACGAUAAACACUUCAAUAGAAAAAUAGAAAACAGAGAGGACAUGAAAAAUCAACUCAAAAAAAGUGCAGUCAUAUUUGUGGAUGCGAAAAAUGGGAGGAAGGAAAUUAUUGUUUUGAAAAAAUUAAUUAACAGAUUAUGUCACCAUGUGAUUGAGCGGAAAAAAAGAAAGGGUAUACAUAACUACAAAGUGAAGUGCAUUUUUCUCGGCCUACCCAACGUUGGGAAGUCGGCUCUUAUUAACCGUUUGCUCGAGGUGAAAAAGCCAAAAUCGUAUGAUUACCCAGGUCUCACCACUAACAUACAAAUGUAUUCUUCCAAAAAGUAUGAACUUAUUGACACGCCUGGAAUAUUGGCCCCCAAUCUGUAUACACUUAGGGAGAGGGUCAUCACCAGCAAGAACGCCAUCCUGGAUAGAAUUUAUAACCGACACCCCAGUGACGACAACAAUGGGGAAAACGUCGCACACAUACGCAACUACAACAGUUACAUGCACGUGGAAAAUAAUAUUUACCUACUUGCUCUCUGCAAUCACAUAACCCCCAAAAUGUACGACAUAUACAACGUUGCGGAAACGCUCCUACAAAAUAUCCAUCGUGCUUAUCUUUACGACAAUGAGUAUGUAGACAUGUCUAGAAUUAUAAAGCGCUAUGAAAUUAGCUUCACGGAUUGCCUUGACUUUGAGGGGAAAUUCUCUGCCUACCAUUUUAUACAGCGCCUGGCAAGGGAUCGCUUCCACAACGACCUGAACCAGGCCUCCAUGCGUCUCGUCACGGACUUUCGCAAGGGCUACCUGGGCCGCAUGACGCUCAGCUAUCCUCUCUACUUUAACCGGCGUGCCAUUCGACUGCGUGUGGCGGAUCGGUACACACGUCAGCCUGGGGAUCGCUACGUGGGUUGGUGA